AUGGCCGAAGAUGCCAGCCCAUCGGAGUCCGGCGCGUGCGCCAUGUGCUCCGCGGAGUCGUCCGUGCAGUGCCUGAUCUGCUUGAGGCGGGGCGCGCGGCCGGCACCCACGUUCUGCGGCUCGGCGUGCUACCGGGAGCACUGGAAGACCCACCGCGGGGGGGGCGGGGAUGGAAUGAGCCCUUCCUCGAG